GGUAACGCGCAUAGAAAUCAAACAUAAACUCCUUCAUCUCGUCAAAAGCCUGUUAAUUUUACCAGCUCUGUCAGUAUCAGUGCUGUUUGGUUUUACACCAUGGCAGGAAGGGAUAAAAUUGAUUUGGUCCAUCAAAACCAGAUUCACGUGGAGACGAUCCGGAAAGAGCAAAGAUACCAGAAACUCCACACGGAGUUCAGCAUCAAUCCACACAGAAAACUACAUGUCCUGCCAGACAAACCCAUGUCCAGGAAACCAACCGAAGUGAUUGCAGAAAACUUGGAUUUCAUCAAUGCCUUCCACAAGGCUCGUGAGGAACCCACCAAGAAAUAUGCAAUGCCAAUGACUGAGAGUCAGGAGAUUGGAUGGGUGUCCACUCCACUGAUUCCAUCCAGCCGCAACGACGAGAGGUUCAAUUUCUACCGAUUCACCACUGACGUCACCAAAUACAAGGAAUCUGCCCUGCGUGCAUCGAGUUAGACCAUGAAAGACAUAUUAGAGAUCUCCAUAAAGUGAACACCUCUUUUCA